AUGGCCACUCUCCACUAUCCUGUUGACCAAUACACCACAGAUGGAAUGCUGAACAUGGCUGGAGAAGGGGAAGAUGAUCGUCGCUCCUUUGACACUGAAUCUGGCGAAAAGGUUAUCCCCACAGAUGAGGACUCUCGCAGCGUAGGGACCGAGGAGCAGUCGGAUCUUUCUGAGGACAGUGAACUGGUCGAACCCUACGAGUCUGUGGCGGAAGAUAUGAGAAAGCUAGAGAGCACUUUCAAGGGUAUCUCCAGCAGGUAUCGACUGAUCAAUCGCACGGGGGAGGGGACGUUCUCCACGGUCUACAAAGCCGAAGAUCUUUUAUAUGAUGAAUAUGAGAAUGACUGGGACUGGGAACGCAAGCUGGAUGAGCAAGAUCAUGACAGAGACAUGUACACAUCUGACAAAGCCAGAUCCAAAUCGAAUCUCAGGGGUAAACGGAGGCGACACUAUGUUGCGUUGAAAAAGAUCUACGUAACGAGUAGCCCAAGCAGAAUCCAAAAUGAACUUGAGCUUCUGAACGACCUUCACGGCAGCCGUUCUGUGUGUCCUCUCAUCACGGCUUUUCGACACCUCGACCAGGUAAUCGCAGUCCUGCCAUACUUCCCCCACACCGAUUUUCGAGUUCAAUACCGCACAUUCCUCGUCUCUGAUAUGCGUCAUUACUUUCGUUCUCUAUUUUCCGCCCUCCAUGCCGUUCACAAAGCAGACAUAAUCCACCGGGACAUCAAACCAACGAAUUUCUUAUAUAACCCAAAGCUUCGACGGGGUGUUCUGGUUGAUUUCGGCCUCGCAGAGCGCGAAUACGUUGGCGGCGAACUGUGUCACUGCGCGCAGAAUUCCACAGCAAGCAGAUAUCGCGCCAUGUGGCUCCAGAACAGUCUGCAGUCAAACACGAUGUCGACGGGUUAUCCCAAAAACGACUCACGCCCCUCCCGACGUGCAAAUCGUGCGGGAACCAGGGGUUUCCGCGCGCCCGAGGUUUUGUUCAAAUGCACAUCGCAAACGACAAAAAUCGACAUUUGGUCCGCGGGAGUCAUCCUGCUGACCCUCCUUGGCCGACGAUUUCCCUUCUUCAAUUCCGCAGACGAUAUAGAUGCCAUGAUUGAAAUUGCGAGCAUAUUCGGGGGGCGCCGCAUGAGAGCUGCCGCAGCACUGCACGGACAAGUCUUCGAAACCACCAUCCCCACCAUUGGUGAGAAGGGGUACUCCUGGGAAAAGAUAGUGCUGUGGUCAAGCUGCGUGGAGCAACUCACAGAAAGCGAAAAGCAGGCAACCCGGUUUCUCUCAACGCUCCUGGAACUGAACCCGAGUAAACGGCCCACUGCUAAAGAGGCUUUGCGCCAUGACUUUUUCACUCAUCCCGAAACGGAGGACUUGCCCUGGGAAGAUAUUGGGGAUAGAGAGGGCGAUGAUCGAGCUCCUGAAAAGAAUAAGGAGCAGGUAACUGAAGAGCAGCGGCAACAGCAACAGCAGCAAGAGCAGCAGCAGCAGCAGCAGCAGGAGGAGGAGGAGGAGGAGGAGGAGGAGGCAGUUGAGCCAGCUGACGAAAUGCAAUUGGUGUGA